GAGACCAGCGUAGGGCGCAGGCGCAGAUCUUGGGCGUUUGGGCCUUCGGACCUGUGGGGCCAUAGAGGGCAUUUAGGUCGUGCGCCUAGGCUUUCGAGGCGCGGCCGCCAUGGCUAGUCAGUCGCAGGGCAUCUAGCAGCUGCUGCAGGCCGAGAAGCGGGCCACAGAGAAGGUGUCAGAGGCUCGCAAGCGAAAGAACCGGAGGCUGAAGCAGGCCAAAGAAGAGGCGCAAGCUGAAAUUGAGCAGUACCCUCUGCAGAGGGAGAAGGAAUUCAAGGCCAAGGAAGCCGCGGCUCUGGGAUCCCAUGGCAGUUGCAGCACUGAAGUGGAGAAGGAGACCCAGGAGAAGAUGACCAUCCUCCAGACCUACUUCCGGCAGAACAGGGAUGAAGUCCUGGACAACCUGUUGACCCUUGUCUGUGACAUCCAGCCAGAAAUCCAUGAAAACUACCGCAUAAAUGGAUAGAAGAAGAAAGAGCACCUGUUCCGUGGAUGGGCAUUUUAGAUAACCUCCGUGGAAUAAGAAGCUUUGGCAAAGCUUGAGUUGCAUUCUUGUGGAAAGGCAUUAAAUUAUUCCUCUAUGUUGUAUAGUAGGUCCUUUUAGUUUUUGAGAUCAGCAAAUGUAGUUUCUUUGUACAAACUUAAAACUUAUCCAAAGAUUUCUUCUUUUUACUUUAUAUUUCUUAGAAAUUUAAUGGGUAUACCUUGUCUUUUUCUUCUGUGCCUUUUAGCUCAAGCAACACAUACAUAUAUAUGUGAUAAUACUAAUAUUUUUUUCUUAGAUAUAGUAAGAAACACUUUUUUUCUCUUUUUUUUUUUAAGAAAGAAAGGGAUUAAAAUUUUUUUCCCCUAAAGCUUUCUUGAAGGUCAGGGGCUUUAUCUAUGAAAAAGUAGUAAGUAGUUGUUUGUUACCUGUGUAAAGCAGCAGCCAGCCUUAAAAUAGGCCUUUGUGGCUAAGGUUAGAGCAGUGAAUGCUAGUAUAAUUGUUGGAGCUGCUUUUAGUGUCUCAAUCAAAAUUACUAGAUGAUAGAAUUUAAGAACUAUUACAUGUUAUUACUUUGUGUAUUGAUAAUCAUUUAAAAGUAAAGACUCUUUGUCAUGCA